AUGAGCAAGUCAGUCGAGCUCGCCCUCGUCUCGCUGAUGCCGACAUACGGCUCCGACCUGCCCCCCUCCCUCGUCGAAUCCGCCAGCUCCCUCCUCGCCCAGUCGCGGCAUCUAGCCAGCACUCUCAAAGCCGAAGAGGAGAUUGCCCGCCUCUAUGCCUGUGCGCACAUUGCCUGCAACAGACUCAAGAUUCCGCUUGACCUCCCGACGAUAGAGCCUCGGCCACCUGUACCUCCUCGGAUCUAUAAGCGCCUCUACACACAUCUUGACAACAUCCUUCCAAAUACGUCAGCCAGCGGGCGCAGAACACGCAGGCAGCGGGACGUGGGGGAGUCGCCGGCAUCGCAGACACGCCCAGUCCCUUCACGGCCUGAGCCCACCAAAGAGACCAGUCUUGCGCAGUUUCGAAAACAGGCGGGCUCGAAUCCCAAUACGCCGACCAAAUCGAGCAAGCAUGGCCACCUGAGCAUCCAAGAUUCCGACAUGUACCCCUGGGUUCAGCCCGUCAUACGGCACCUCUGCGCUGGGUCCGGACACAAGAAAUUGGCGCCGUCGAUGCUGGCGGGCAUGGAGUCGAUUUUGCUCCCUGGGGGACGGAAAACGAAGGAUGCGUGGGCAUGGGAGAACACGACGGCGUUAUGUGCGGCCAUUGUCUUCUUUGUCGCGAUGCGCGUGAGCGACGCGGAUCUUGAGCAAGCGAUGCAGCCUCAAAUCUACAAACCGGCUCGCGCCGAGGUUCUCGGUCAGCUUGGCCGAGCCCGGCAGGAAGUCGAGGUCAAAGGAGUAGAGCCAGAUGUCCUCUGGGAAGGCUGGACGGAUCUGAAAGAUGACGAUUUUGACGCCGCGGUGUCAAGGGUUCGUGAAAGUGGCUGGUUAGAGACCGACUGGUACCAUGGGAUCACGGAUGUCAUGGAUCAAAACCUGCGGCAGGGUGAUGAUGUCGAGCAUCCACACGAGGAGGAGGAUGCGGCCCAGGGUCAGCAACAAAGAGCGGAUACCAUGUUCCAGGAUAAAUACGAUUACUUGAGCGAGGGCCGUAGGGCAGAGUACAGGACAUGGAAAGAGGCCACCUUGGCGCGGAUUGCAGUGCUGUCUGCGUCGCUGGAGAGCAGUGGAGGCAAUGAUACCCCGAUGAGCAGCUAA